GCGAGGAAGCAUGUGGAGAGAGCUUGACCUUUAACCCCAACCCUAUGUCGUCAUUUCCCCGAGACUCAGCGGCUAAUGCCCAAUGCUGCUGAGAGGGAAAGAAAGAGUGAAGAGAGAGAGAGAGAGAGAGAGAGGGAGGGAGGAAAGAAAGAAAGAAAGAAAGGAGAAGGAGAUAAAGAAGGGGAGAGUAGAGCGCGAAUCUGGCUGGGAAAAAUAAGAGCGAACAGCAGUCGCUAGUUGCUUCAUAGAUGCUUGUUUUUGAAGCUACGAACCCUCGAGCUCUUGUGUUACUGCAGACUAGCUCGCUCGUUAGCAUUUUAACAUUCUUUACCACAGACCACAUCUCAUCUUCAGAUCUCUAACUUCUUUAAAGCAUUUUAGAGUGCAGUAGUCGCGUCAAGGUGGUCGUAUAAAAUCUGCACAAUGGGGAGAAAAUCAAACAGAGCAAAGGAGAAAAAGCAGCGAAGACUCGAAGAACGGGCAGCUAUGGAUGCGGUGUGUGCUAAGGUGGAUGCAGCCAAUAAGCUUGAAGAUCCUCUGUCUGCCUUGCCAGUGUUCAAAAAGUAUGACAGAAAUGGGAUAAACCUGGAGAUUGAAUGUAAACGGGUAACUGCUUUGAGUCCAGAUACAGUGGAGUGGGCCUAUGAGUUGACUAGAGCCAACAUGCAGACGCUAUAUGAACAGAGUGAGUGGGGAUGGAAGGAGAGAGAGAAAAGGGAGGAGAUGAAGGAUGAGAGAGCAUGGUAUCUCCUGGCCCGUGAUGCUGGCUCCACACCUGUAGCAUUUUCCCACUUUCGAUUUGAUGUGGAGUGUGGAGAUGAGGUUUUAUAUUGGUAA